AGAGCCUUUCAUGACUCUCGCUUUUGGCCUUAGAGUUUAAUAACCACUGUUUAUAAUAAGGACCUCUGCCAUCAAGUAAGAAAGGAAAUAGACUAUAGGGUGUCGUGUAUAGAUAACGAUCUCAAUUCCCGAUUUAAAUCUCAGUAAAUUCUUCUCGGUACUUUCCGCACUAUACCAAUAAGUCGCGUUGAUAAAAUUUUAAAAAAUAAUUUCCAGUUAAAUAUAAACUAUCUUCAAAAGUUUUAAAAUGAUUUUAAAAGAUCUGAAAAAAAUUUUAAAGGCUUUGAAAAUGAUUUUUAGUGCUUUAAAAAGGAAUUUGUAAUAAAUAGCCUAACGUGUACAGCACCCUAUAUGCUAAGGCUAAUUUAUAUUUGAUUGGUGUUUUACGUCUUACUCUAGAUUAUUUCACUUAUACGACGGCGGCAACUCAAGCUAAUAAAACAGACUGGUGUUCAUGUUGCAACAUGGUUAUAGUAUAAGUAUAAAUGUACGUGAAAUACGUGUUCAGCAAAUUUCAAUUUCCCGCCAAAUAAAAUGUCACGUAGCAUCCGACAAUGUGCGAGUUUACUCAUAUCUUGCCGUAAGGGAAGCGACCAUGUGCAACACACAACUUGGAAACUGGCAAGAUGCUAUUGACAAAAUCUGGCAUGCUGCAGCAGAAAAUGGAGACUUGGCUACAUUUUCAAAAUGCUCUAAUGAUGUACAACGUAUUAAAUUUGUGACUCGGAAACAAUUGCUAAGAUCAGUUGAUUGGCUCCAGGCUUACCUUGACAAUUGCAGUGAUGUACAGAUGAAAUCUGCAGAAAAAGCAAAAUGUCUGAGAAAUGAGGGCAACAAACAUUUCCAAAAGAAGAGUUUUAAGAAGGCACUUGACCUUUAUACAAGGAGCAUCCUCCACUCCCCAGAGGGUCCCCACACAGAGCUGGCCUUGGGGUAUGGGAACAGGUCAGCUGUUUUCUACCACCUGGACAGAUAUACAGAUUGUAUCUGCGAUGUAGAAGUGGCCCUGAAAUGUGGAUUUCCAGAAAACACUCAGUAUAAACUCUAUCAGCGAUGGGGACAGUGUCUCUACAGACUUGGCAAAAUAAAAUGUGCAAGGGAAAAAUUUCUGCAAGCUUUGAAAGGCCUGAAUUCACAGACAGAUGCUGAUCUGAAGAGGAAAGGAGAAAUUGAUGAAUGGCUUUUGAAGACUGAAAGCUGUGAAGAUGUUCCAUGUGUCACAGGUGACAUUCCAGAGUUGUCUGCCCCUGGUGUUAGCUAUGGCACCAGCUCUGUCCUCCCUAAGGCAUCUGCAGCUGUCAGUUUGCAGUACAGUUCAACAAAAGGGCGACAUUUAGUGGCAGAGCGUGAUAUAUCAGAAGGAGAUACUCUGAUAGUGGAGAGACCAUAUGCUGCUGUCCUAUUGCCUGACCACUAUAACACUCACUGUCACCACUGCUUCAUCAAGCUGUCAAACACCUACCCGUGUUGUCAGUGCACAAAAGUGCAUUUCUGUAGCCCCCAAUGUCGGGAAGCUGCCUGGAGUGUCUAUCAUCAAUAUGAGUGCCUUUACCUUGAUAUAUUACACUCUGUGGGUAUCGCUCACCUGAGUGUCAGAGUUGUCCUGACAACAAAUCUACAGUCAGUCAGAGACCUACGUGCACAGUUGUCUGCCCUUGAUGGCCCUCAGCAGGGGAUAGAUGGUGUAAAUAAGGCAGGCUUGUAUGAUACAGACUAUUGGUCAGUCUUUCACCUCAUGCCUCACACAGAUGACAUGGUUACUGAUGACCUGCUCCAGUAUACACUGACGGCUGCUUUAUUAGCAGAAAUUCUGCUCAAAAGUAAAUUCGUGGAAAUUCAACCUCAGACUGUUGAUGAUCGGGAAGACAGUUCAAAAUCACCUGAUGCCCCUUUGCCCAAACGGGAUAAAGUAAACUGUAUGGUGAAAAAGAGGCUAGAGAAUGGUAUCACCGGAGAGGAAUUCGACUUCAUCAGCGGCUUGCUGUUGCGUCACAUCCAGCAGCUUGUGUGUAAUGCUCAUGCCAUAACUGAACUGCAAGCCUCGGAAGUCAGCAACAGUGACAGCGUGGAGGCCCACACCCAGGUGCGGGUUGCCACGGCAAUCUACCCUACAGCCAGUCUGAUGAAUCAUUCAUGUGACCCAACUAUCAUAUCCAGUUUCCAUAGAGACACUCUGGUGGUUCGGUCUGUGAAAGCUGUUCCUAAAGGAAGAGAGAUAUUUAAUUGUUAUGGUCCACAUUGCAAGAGAAUGUGUAGGACUGAGCGACAAGAGGCAUUGAAGGGUCAGUACUAUUUCACCUGCACUUGUGAAGCCUGUGAGAUGGGAGAGUAUAAAGAUAGAAUAUUUCAGGCAUUCCGCUGCGUGAAGUGUGAUGGCCCAGUCUGUGUUGAUGGCGAACAGCUCCAGUGUCGGUCCUGUGAUCAUCAGUCUGAAGUGACAAAACAUGUUGAUGCCAUCACAAAGUCACAGGGUCUCUUUGUUGAGGGGUUAAGAUUACUAGAGAAUGGUGAUAUUAAAGGAGCCCGCAGUAAACUGGAGAGCUGCAGUGAUAUCCAGAGGAAGGUAUUGUACAAGCACAACAGAGACCUGGCCCAGACCCAAGAUUGUCUGGCCAGAUGCUGGGCCAUGCUGGGAAACCUGGAUAAAUCUGCUUUAUUCUUGGAAGAAAGCCUGGAAACAACAAAGCUAGUUUAUGGAGAGAAGAGUGUGGAAGUUGGGAAUGAGUUAUCCAAACUUGCUGGUAUUUUCUUCAAUAACCACCAGGUGGCCAAAGCGAUGCCAAUCAUCAACCAAUCAAUAGACAUUUUGCAAAUGCACUAUGGAGAAAAUCAUUCUAGUCUAUUUGAACUCACAGAGAUGAAGAAUUGCUUGAUGCAGCUUAAGAAUUAGGCUCUGUUAUUCUAUUUCAAACUGCAAAUGAGUGUUGAUUAUCUUUUGUAUGUUAUGUGUGAUGUAUUGUGUAUGUCAUAGAAUAUAGAUGUAUGUAUAUUUGAGACGUAUAUUCUGUGCUCUUUGAUGUCAUAUAUUUGGAUAUGCACAGUUCUUUAAAUAUGUAAAGCUAUUUUAAAUAACAGAUGCCUGAUAAUCUUUCUAAUUGCAUUUCUAUGUCACAACAUUUAGGGGGCCUCAUGAGAUGAGACAUAUAAUACAGUUACGUGCUUGUUCCGACCACUCUGCCCUUGACCAAUGAGGUUGUGGGUUCAAACCCAGCUCUUGCUUUAUCCAAGGCUUUAAGUCAGGAGGUUUACUGGUGGAACUCUGGUUUCCUCCACUUCUAAAAUAUACAGUGGCACUGUCAUGUGAAAAAUUGUUGAGUAUAGCAUUAUAAAUACUCAUCCUGAGAGCCCAUGUUCUGCAAAGCAUUGCAAACAUAAUUCUGACGAACAAGAUAUAGAGUGAAAUAAUCUAAAGUACACUACAUAUGAGGCUAUACCAGAGUGUUCUGGCAAAAAAUCCAUAUUCUCUAAUAAAAUCAAAUCAAAUGAAAAGUGGUUACCUUUCAGAAAAAUGUCACACUGGUAUCACUGGUAACAUUUAUAGUCAGUGUUGAAAUGAUUAAAAAGUUUCAAAAAUUUAUAAAUUGACCCGCAUUAAAAAUAUUAUGACCUGAUUUUGAAUGGGGCUAUUCUUAAAUAUUACCAGAAAUUCACUUGGAUCAUUUGUGCUGAUAAAGCACAGUACUAAUAAUUACCAGUGAAUAAUAAAUAAAUCAACAUGUCUUAUAUAGAUUUGGCGUAAUUGUGUUAGAUCUAUGCAGCAGUGCACAACAUUUUACCCCCGGUCCUCCACCCCUGCCCUGACAAGUUCCUAUGUGAAUCCCCCAUUCCCACCCCACCCCCAAAUCCCUCCUCUCUGGUAAUUAUAGAUUAUCGAAAUUCUUGAUACACAUUAUAAAAAAAGGAAAUUAUAUAACACUGAAAAAUUAUAAGCCUAGCAUUUUUUACAUCUCUUGGACAGAAAAGUGAUAAACCUCUAAGGAAACUUCUUCAGCUAAUGUUACUGUUACAAAUUAGGAAGCCUCAAUAGUAUCUUCCAAACGUACUGUAAAAACUUAUAAAGCAUCUU